AAAAAAGUUCGGUACAUGACAAUACAAACUUCUGUGUGGGUUUAUUGGGCAAGGUUUAGUGGGUGUGGUAUAAUAGAGCAGCAACGCGCACACAUUAUACUCUGACCUCCAGCAAAAGAAAAAUCUUUUCAAAGCACCCGGUCAUGCAUUUAAACCAGUGGAAGAGUGUGAGUUUCGUAUUCACAGGGCAAUUCUGUUUACUGUGGUAGAAGCAUCAAGGUUAAAAGCCGCACGGGAAGAAUUUUUGCAAUGGCAGUCCGCGCGAGAGUUGCUCUGUUGCUGGCGAUUUUGGGGGUGCUAGCCUGCCCCGUUCGGGGAGCUGAUUACUCCGAUAACGAAGCAAGAGUUCUGAUCUUGGGUGGAGGUGCUGCCGGCUUGCAGGCGGCUAGAACCUUGCACGAUGCUGGUGUCGAUGAUUUUAUCAUCAUCGAAGCGGCUGACCGUGUGGGAGGUCGUGUGGCCAACACCCAGUUCGCCAAUAUGAACGUCGAGCUGGGACCGACAUGGGCAUUGCCUGAAGUGUCUCGUACCGUCGAUCUGGUCCGGCAGCUCAACCUAAGCCACCGGGCGAGUGACUACGACAGCCUGGUAUUCCGCGCCGACAAUGGUGCCGAUGUCACCGAUCAAACCGACCCGCUGUACGAAGUGUUUGGACCGGCGAAGGAAAAGCUCGGGUUGCUCCGGGAUCAGAUGAAAGCCGACAGCGACAUCCCGGACAUGUCCCAGCGUUCCGCGCUCCGCGUCGGCGGCUGGAUACCGGACACGGCCCUCCACAGAGCCAUCGAGUGGUUCGAUUUCGACAUCACGUUCGGCGACACACCGGAGACGACAUCGACGAAAGAGACCGAAUUUAUCGGCGAGGAGUACUGGAUGACGGAUGCGAGAGGCCUCAAGGAGAUCUUCGGCGCCGUAGCCGGGUUCCUGGACGCGCCAGAGUACGCCAACCACACCCGGCUGAAUCAAGAUGUGGCAUCCAUCGACUACCAGAAUGACAUCUCAGUUGUUGUGACCACUCGGGACGGAACGCGGUACAUCGGUGAGUACGUCCUAGUCACAUUCAGCCUCGGGGUCCUCCAGCAUGAUCUCGUAGACUUUGUCCCUGACCUACCGGAAUGGAAGGACGUUGAGAUCAAUAAAUUCCAGAUGACGGCCUACACCCUGGUCUACCUCAGUUUCCCGAGUAAGUUCUGGGGCGACGAGGAGUGGAUACUUCACCCCAGCGACAGGCGAGGGUACUACCCGGGCUUCUUCAACUUCCAGGCCGCGGGGUUCUAUCCGAACGGCACGCCACUUUUGCUGGCUCUCAUCACUGGUGACGAAGCUCGGCGCGUGGAAGCUCAACCCUCGGCCGACACCAAGGCCGAGAUCGAGGCGGUGCUGCGCGGCAUGUACGGCGAUGCCAUCCCGCAAGCCGACGGCAUCCUUGUCACCGACUGGAAUCAGAACCCCUACACCAAGGGCGCCUUCUCCAACUUCCCCGUCGAAGUCACCACCGAGUGCUUCGACAAGCUCCAGAGCCGCGUCCACCGCGUGUUCUUCGGUGGGGAGGCAACGUCGUACGGGUACUUCGGCACCGUGGACGGGGGGCUGCGGUCCGGGGAACGCGAGGCCGACAAGAUCCUGGAAUGCAUGGAGGACUUCAAGGCGUGCCCGAUCGCUGUCACUCAGUCCCUAGAAUGCGAGGAAGCUGGCAGUUCUGCCAACGGGUUGCGAUUGAAUGCAUUCCUCGCCAACAUCAUGCUUGGUCUGAUUCUUAUAAUGCUUUAUGUUUAGGGGAUGCUGGUACAGCAGAUUGGUGAUAGGAUUGUUCAAUUUGAUGAUAAAGGCAUGAAAUUUGGCACACAGUCAGAGUAUGUCAUGGGAAAGAUAUUUGGCCAAAGGGUCAUUGCAGAUUUCUCCUUUGAAACAAUAGGCUUUCAAAGGAUAACAAGAAAUUUUCGAAUUUUUCAAAAUGGCAGCCAUUGCAUGUUAUUCUAUGACAAUUUUUUCAAAGGACAAAUCUGCGAUUGCCCUAUAGCCAAAUAUCUUUUCCAUGACAUACUCAGACUGUGUGCCAAAUGUCAUGCUUUUGUCGUCAAAUCAAUGAACAAUUCUAUCAUAUUGUGCACCAAUCUGCCGGACUAGGAAGCAUAUAUAAUAGAUAUAUAAAUUGUGUCAUAAAUAAGGUUGCACACCAGUAAAUAAACUUCCCAAGAUUCAGGAACAAUAUACUCACAAAUCUCCAAGGUGUUUGAGACACACAUCAAAUUAAAGCUUAUUUCAUCAUCUCUUCAUUCUCUGUUUGGGGUUAACCAAUGGAUUUUGGGAGAAAAUUCCAUCCAAAGAUGAUCACCCUGACAGUAGCGCUAUAGUCCAUCGCCAUUUUGCAAAAGGACGCCUACGUUCCAUUGCAAUAUAGCCUAGAGCCAUUUUAAGGCCUAUAAUUUCAUCCGAAUUUCACAGAAAUACGAGCUCGCAGUCCUGUGCACGGCUUCUACCCUUCUUAUUUUACAAACCGUCAAGUUCAUGGCCUUCAAAGAUGCUCAAAUACCGGCAUAAGCAAUUUCGGGCAUAUUUAGCACCCCCAUGGCCAGCCUACCAACAAAAAUAUACUCGAUACUAGACAUGCAUUUAAUGUAUAACUUUUAGAAAGAUGAAACUUUUACUUCAGUUUAUCAAUAACUUAUAUUCGAUAUGAUUGUGAUACUAGAUAGUAUGUUGUUAAGCUGUGAAAUAUAUAAGCCAACUUGGUAUUGCAAUAGAUAAGCCUAACUAUACAGUGCUGUAGUCGAGUCCACCCCACCCGAGUCCGAAUCCAAUUAAGUCCUUGGUAUCCGAGUCCGAGUCCAAGUCCUUGUCCUAUUAUGAAUCUCAAGUAGUGUUCUAAACUAACUAUAAUAUACCAAAUAUUUAAUGAUGGUAGUCAUAAGGUUUUGUUAGUAGUACUUUGAGGUAUGUGAAAUAUUUUCUAGAAUGUAUGAAAUAGUUUGAGUUUUUCCAUUGCGUUUCGCAAAUCUGCAUAUUUUUCUUCUUCAAAUUUGUAGGUUUAUCCUUACAGAAGUCAAUAUAUUAAUACUGGAUACUAUUUUAUCAGAAAUGAAUAAUAUAAACGAAUGAGUACUUAAAAAUGUAGUGCCUUUUCCGAAAAUGCUUUGAUACUGCUUCCAACAUUUUAAUGUGUUUCCCAAUACACAUUCUGUCUUCGCGCUGCUAAAUAAAUAUCUACAAAGUAGGUUUUUUAA